UAUUAUUAUUAUUAUUAAACCCACCCAAAACCCGCCAAAUAAAUGUAGCCAAUCAGCGUGGCGCCGAUCUUCUUGCGCCCAAUCGGGACGAAGCAGGGGCGUGGCCAAGGCUCUAAUAGGAAACAGCGGAGAGAUAGCGGGCGAGCCGAGUCACGUGACCUCGCUUCUCUCGCCCUCCGCGCGCGCUUUUUCCUCCCCGCCGGUCACGUGGCGCCCUCUUUGGCCCCGCCCACUGAGGGGCGUGGCCUGUGAAAGGCAGUUGGAGGGCUGAAGGCCUAGACAGGAUUCAUUGGCCUUUGUUCGAUGGGCUUCUUCCAGGAUGAACCCCAGCAGACAAAGGGAGCGGAGGUCCUUUGCCAGCGGACGUGGUGCCGGCGACGUCCCCCCACUCCGGCCCACUUCCUUCCAGCCUCAGAGAGGUCCCUCACCCCUGCCCCCCACCCGGGUCAAGCGCCGGCGGUCCAGGCGGGAACGGAAUGGGGCCCGGUUCGGCCGCGGCACUCCGGACGCGGACGCGGAGCCGGUGUCCAGCAGCAGCAAGGGUCUCCCAAAGAAGGUGGCCCCACGCCCCCCUUUCUGGGGCUCCCAGCUGAGACCCGGUGCCCAUUCGACCCCGAUCGGCGGGGCCAAGGCGGUGGUCAUCACCCAGCACCGCCUCACCCACCGCCCCCAGCACUGGGGCAUCUUCAACCGGGAGGUCAAGUCGGCCGAUAUCGAGAGACUCUUGAGCCCCCGGACGGGGCCGGAGGUGGCCGUAGAGGUGACCCCCGAAUGCGGGGAUAAGGAGACGGUGCAAGAAGAAGAGGAAGGAGGAGAGGUCCAGCUCCAUCACUCCUGCAAACCCAAUCCUUUGGCCGCGGAAGAUGCUACAGAAGCAGCACCACAGCUGUCGGUCACUCCCGCAGCUUUGGAAGUCAGUCCCCAGGACAUGGAGGUCAAAACCGUGGGCGAGAAGAAGAACGUCCCUCCUGUGGCUGGAGGCAUUGAGCCAACCAAAGGCCAGUCCUUGGCCAAAGAGCUGGCCCAAGACCUGCAGCGGCUCCUGGACCUCCAGGCCCUGUUCCCCGGGCGCAGCGUGGUCAGCGAGGCCCAGCAGGCAGUGGCCAGAGCCCUGCGGGAGCAGAGGAAGGCCUGGCCGGACAUGGACGCCUUGGACUCUCUCAGGAGGACGCUGGUCAGCAGAGGAGGCAGCAGCGGAGAGGCCCUCCGGACAGGCCUCAGGAGCCCUUCUAGCAGGGACCGGGGGCCGUGGCCCGGAUCGAGACCCGGCCAUUGCGGCAGCGGAGACUCCGAGGAGCCAGGCCUUCCUCUGAGGAAGAGGAGGGGGCAGGAGGAGACCUUCUUGGCCGGAUUCCCUCCCAGUCCGUCGCAAAGUGCGGCCAGAAUGGCGGCGGAGGGGCCGGACCAGAGAGAGCAAGGCCUUGACUCCUUCCUCGGGGCAGACGCCAGCUUCCCUUCAGAUGCAGUGAAUCCCCUCCUUCUCCCUCGCUCUGCGUCUCCUCAACGGGCGAAUCCCUUCAGAAUCCCCUUGGUCUCUGACGAACCACGCGAGGCUGGACUCCCGCUCUCGCAAGGGUCAUCGGAGGCUUUCUGGGGUCACAGAGGCCUCUCGGAGAGGCUCGAAGCGGCCGCCUCGCCCAGGAAAGCCAUCUCCCGUUGGCGAUGCUUGCCUUUCGCUGCCCGUCACUCCCUGGAUUUAUCGCAUCUCGACGCGAACGGCUCCGACCCUUUCCUCUCGACGGAGCCGCCGGGCGAGGAACGGAACCCGGACGUUAUGUGGUUCUGUGGGACAGAACCCGCCCCGUCCCAUGGUUCGCGCCUGCCGGAUUUGGGGUCCCGGAACCCGGACUCCCAGACCUCCUUUGACGUCCUGAAGAGCAUCUGGAGCCCCGAAACGGCCGCGGAAGGGCCGACCCCGCCCCGCAGGUCCCUCCUGGGUCGCCGGUUUCCGUCCUCCCAAGAAUGGCAGCCCAAGGAGUUCCUCCAGCUCUACAGCCUCGUCCCGGAGCCAAACGGCACCGCCUUCUUGUCCCGGCCGAACCCCCAGCCGGAAGCAACGGGGAACGACUUCUUUCUUGCCCUCGCAAAGCCCCGAACACACUCCGCGGAGCCAACUUGGGGCCUGGCGCCACCCACGGAGGGAGGCCACGGGGACGACCUGGAGAGGCUGCUCCGGCGCCAGGGGUCCCGGCAGCACCUGCAGGCCUGCCAGCGGCUCCCCAUGUCCUGCUUCCCCCCUUCAGAGGCCCUGGAAGAGGGCCGGGCCGACCCCAGCAGCUCCUUCCAAGGGCAUCUGCUGGACCAGGCCAGCCCCGAACCCUGGGCCUUUCCCCGGAUGAAGCUGUACUGAGGGGGGGGGCUGGGCUACCCUCUCUGUGACCUGGAACGGCUCCAAACUCUCUCCUAUGACCUGAAAGGACCCCUUAAGACUCUCCAGUGACCUCUAAUGACCUCCCAAAACUCUCCUAUGACCUGAAAAGACCCCUUCUAUGACCUGAAAGGACCCUUUAAGACUCUCCUGUGACCUGAAAUGACCCCCCAAACUCUCCUAUGACCUGAAAUGACCCCCCAAAACUCUCCUAUGAUUUGAAAGGACCCCCAAAACUUCUAUGACCUGAAAUGACCCCCCAAUACUCUCCUAUGACCUGAAACGACCCCCAAUACUCUCCUUUGACCUGAAAGGACCCCCUAAAACUCCUUUGACCUGAAAUGACCCCCAAAAUGUUUCUAUGACCUGAAAGGACCCCCCAACUCUCUCCUAUGACCUGAAACGACCCCCCAAAACUCUCCUAUGACUUGAAAGAACCCCUUAAGACUCUCCUAUGACCUGAAAUGACCCCCCAAAACUCCCUUAUGACCUGAAAGGACCCUCAACACUUUCAUGUGACCCUAAAUUACCCCCCAAAACUCUCCUAUGACUUGAAACAACCCUCCCCGCAAAAGCUCUGUGACCUGAAAGGACCCCUCAGUGCUCUCCUUUGCCUUUCCCCAAACUCUGGCCUUUCCAGAUGUUUUGGACUUCAGCUCCCAGAAUCCCCACUCACUGGCAACAGAGGCUUCUGGGAGUUGGAGUCCCAAAACAGCUGGGAAGGCCAGAGUUUGAGGAUUUUGAUCCCUUUUUUUUGUUCCUUUUAAGCUCAUUUAUUUAACUUCUGGGUGAAACAGUCUCUGGAGCCAUUAAUUGCCUUCCAAGGUGCAGGUAGGUGCCCCUCAGUAACAACGAAAGAUAAUAUUGUUACUCGACUCCAUUAAAUUACUUACUUUCAA